AAUGGGAGGGCUUUGAGAAGGAGGGACGGCGCGAGAGAAGCAUGCUUCCAGUGUUGGCUCGAUAAUACAGGCAAGAGGGGAGAGACAGGGAGUACACACUCAUAUACACUCACUCUGUCAAACACAUAUGCCGUCUCUCUCUCUCUCUCACACACACACACACACACACACACACUCAUACAGAGUCACAUAUUGUCAGAGUUGCCACAGGAUCGGAAACUGGGGACUGAAGAGAUUGAACUGGACCAGAACUGACAUAAUUGGACCUGUGGGACAAGGUUUCUUUCUCAGGACUUGUACGACAGGACCAGUGCUCGGAGACGAGUGACAUGUAGAACCAUUCAUAAAGUAAGGGACAGAAAUCUCUAUCCAUCCUCUCCACGUCUCCCUCUCCACCCUCAUCCCUCAUUCAUUCAUUCCUUGAUUUCUCAACGUGGGUGAAGGACACAGGACUGCCUGCUCAUCUGUGCUAGCUGCAUACCACAGUGCACACCUUCCUCUCUUCCUCUCUCUCCCUCUCAUUCAUUCUCCCUUGUUCCUGAAUGUCACCUCUGCAUGAGGGAGCCUGUGGAAUUUACAAACCGUUUCCCAAAGGCCAGAGAUGGAGCGAACACUGAGGGGGCUGAAAGAUGACAGCAUCAGUCUUCCAUUCAAUUCCGUUCAUCCUCGCUUCUCUUUCUGUCGUUCCUUACUCUGGACGUGAGCUUCUGGCAUUGAUUGGACCUGGUUUACGUUUCUUUAUUUUUAAUGUGUCGCCAAAAUCAUGUCUUUGCUUUUAAAAUUGUGUUCCUUUUGUAAUUAAAUUCCACUACGGAUUGCCUUGUUUGUAGUUUUUUUUUAUUUUCCGGAACAUUUAUCAACAUUGCCAUUUGUGUGUUUGAAUUUGGCUAGCUUAAUGAUUGACGCUGUGAAAUACUGUUAACAUCUGGAGUCGAUGUAAAACUAAAGUAUCUGCUCGAGGUUUCUCUGUGCAUGUGGAGCUGGGACUUACCGGACAAGCUACGGCAGGACAACAGACGAGAGACACAGAGAGGACAGAGCGAGCCAGAAGCAUGCUUUGUUUGUGUUCAGCUCUUCCAAAAGCAACAUGACUCUGAUAAUAACUCACUGUCACACUCGAGGUCCAACACUAGCAUAUCAGAGCGACUUCUGAAACACGACACCAGCAACCCACCCAAAAACUUCAACAGCCCCCUCCCUCAAGAGACUUUUAUUUCAUUUCUGUCUUUCUGGCUCUGCUCCGUUGGCAUCUCAGUUUAUCAUCCUGGGUGGUUGGGCAGGUUGGCGGCUCAGUGACGCCCUCCGUGCCCCUUGGGUGAGCUGGGCACAGCAAGAUGGCCGCCCUCGCCAGCUCGCUGAUCCGACAGCGCAGGGAAGUGAAGGACCCGCAGGCCAACCGACAGAUCUCCAACAAGCGCAAACCCUGCCCCAAGAGCAACAAGUCUCUAUGUCAAAAACAGAUCCUUAUCCUCAUCUCCAAAGUGCGACUGUGUGGCAGUCGAGGGAGAAAGCUGGAGAAGAGACCAGAGCCUCAGCUGAAAGGCAUCGUCACACGUCUGUACUGCCGGCAUGGAUUCUACCUCCAGAUGUUACCAGAUGGCACCAUGGACGGCACAAAGGACGAAAACAGCUCCUUUUUGCUGUUCAACUUGAUUCCUGUGGGUCUGAGGAUAGUCGCUAUCCAGAGCACGAAGACGGGCCUCUACGUUGCCAUGAACAGUGAGGGCUACCUCUACACCUCUGAACACUUCACGCCAGAGUGUAAAUUCAAAGAGUGUGUGUUUGAAAAUUACUACGUGACCUACUCGUCCAUCCUGUACCGGCAGACACAGUCAGGCCGAGCCUGGUACAUCGGCAUCAACCGCGAUGGCCAGGUCAUGAAGGGCAACCGCGUCAAAAAGACAAAAGGAGCUGCCCACUUCCUGCCGAAACUCAUUGAAGUGGCCAUGUACAGGGAGCCUUCACUGCAUGACAUCGAGCAGAGCCCACCACGGAAAACAGCCAAAACUUCAGACUCUCCUGUUAACAAUGAUGACAAGAAUGACCCAUUGCCUCCUAAAACUAGCGCCUCCUAGCGACCGGAGGAGAUAAAACUAGAGCCUAUGCCACUUUACCAAGCUAAAUGGCAUUGGCAUGGAAAAAAAAAAAGUCAAUGCAGUCCUAUUACUGAUGCCAUUACCCAUGAUGCAGGAGCUCAAUGAACCCUGCCUGAUGGACUCCUCUUCUCCUGUUACCGCCUUCCUAUUUGAACCUGGGAAUUUUUUUGAGCAAUAAGAACCCUGAGUUAUUCGGGAUGUAUGUUUUAAGAGAGAAAUGAGCUGUGACACCAUUCAACCCCUAAUUUAACCCCUUAUUCUUUUCUUUUUUUCUUUUUUUUUUUGCCUUUUGUCUGACCAGCAUCGAUUUCAAGCACCAUCUUAUGACACUGGAAGACUUUGAAAUUUGGCCGUAUUGUUUUGGAAGCAUCUGUUGGUGUUGUUGUGCUGUACAGUCGAUCCUGUGCAGUCAUCCUCCUGUAUCUCUAAGCUGAGUGUAAUCUCCUCCUUGCCUCCUCUGCUGUUUGAUUAGUUUGUGACAUAGAGUCAAUUUUCCACUCCACAGCACAGGAAAAACCCAGCAUGUACUCCAGGGUACCAUUAAGACACUCGCAUGCUUGUGUGAGGCUCACACACACACAAACAACAAAAGAAGGAAAUUUGAUAGAAAAAAGAGCACACAUAUGAGUAAUACAUUCUCUCCUUCCUGUAUCAUAAUGCUAUAAAGAUAUACACCCCAAGGAGUUAAAAAGCUUUCUCUGCCCGUAUAUAAUAGCUUCAAAACUGAUGAAAGUGUGCGGAUGUGUAAGUGUUGACUCGUAACUGUGGAAACAGAGGUACAUUAUCCCUUUUUUUAUUAUUUCUUUUUUUUUUUUUUUGCUUUGAUUGGUUUUUCUCCAGAUGCCCAGGGAGUAAUAUUCCUGCUGCUCUCUUUUUUUUCCUGAUCCAUUUCAUCUGGUCUUUUCUUGUCUAUUUCAAAAGCUGUUUAAAGCUGUUUCAUUUACUAAACAAUCAAUUCAGCGCUUUCUUCAAAUCCAUAGCCUUAUAAUCAACAUUUUGACCACAUUUGACCAAAGACAAUUAUUGGAAAACCAAGCAAAACAGAACAAGAUGCAUUAACCGUCUUUCGUCUUCUAAUACAGUAUCAUGCAAAAUCACAAAUCGCGUUCAUUUCAUUCAGAUUUUUCUUUGGUGUUGGAUAUUAGUGGCUUUUCUCUUUUUCUCUAAUAAUACUUUUGUAUAUGUCGCCUAGCCGGGCUUUUUAAUCCGUAAACGUGAUCCACUCCCCAUGCUCAUGAACGUCUUUCCUAAUUAAGAGUGAAGUUCUUUUCGAUCUUGGAGACGUAUCCGGGUGCAGCAUGAAGACACACAGUGUAUAGCAGUUUUGCUUUUUAGAUCAAUGCAAUAAUCUUCUCUGUCUGCAGUAGAGGGAGGAACGGUGGAAAGCUGAUAGAAAGAUAACAGAUAGCUGCAUCGGUGUUAGGAAUCAGGGGUGUUUAUUUAUUGCACUGGAAAACUCUUAAACGUCGAAAUCAAAUAACAUUUAAAGAACGGAUUCGAACAUUUGUAACCGUGAAUUUCUUUACAGUACAACGUUACAGUACAAAACUAAAUCUGAAGGGCUAGUUUCAUCCAUAAAGUACACCGUCAUCUAUAUCUAGUCAUCAUUUAUAUUUCUGUAAAGCUGCUUCGAGACGAUCGUUAAAAGCGCUAUAUACAAAUAUAAUCAAAUCGAACUGAACUGACGUGUCCAGUAGCUACAGUUUCUCACAUAUUCACUUCGUUAACAAGCAAAACAGAAAAAAAAUAAAUACAUUUUCCUACUAAUGAAUAAAAGAUUGAUAUAAAUAAAAGAAACAGUAAUUUGUGAAUGUUUUGAAAGCCGAAGGUAAAAAGGAAGAUGCCUUAGAGGUUAAGCCUGAUUAAGACCUAGUGGCCUGGUCUAAUUAAUGACUUCAAUUAAACCGCUAAAUUGUUCUUUUAGUCUCUCAUACUCCCUCUUGCCACAUUGUCUCAUAUGCCCAAGGCAGAGCUCAUUAUUUGCAUACACUUUUACAAAUCACACUGUUUUAAGACCAGGGAUGAUUUCCAGGCUACGGCCAAUUACAGAGGAGAUUUACAGAUGUUUUUAGGCUGUGUAUGUAGCUGAGAUUCAUUUAUGCUAAUUAUGCUACAAACACCAACGCUGCGGCAGAAUUUCAAAACGGUCGGGACGACUUUAUAGUAAACAAGGAGCUCCUGUUUUACAGAGGCUUUGGAGGAAGUUUCAGAGAAGCUAGUUCAAUCGAAAGCCGGUUUGAAAGCCGCUUUUGUUCAGGAGAUCACUUUAAGUACAUGUCUGCAUGCUUUGUAUAUGCUACAGUACGUAUCUCAGCUUUCUUUAGAAUGAUACGUCUGAAGUUUUGCUUAUAAGGAGGUAGCUGGGGUUGGCAUGAUGGAUAUGAGGUGUGAGGUUCUUCACUUUGUUGUUAUGCCUGGUUACUGUUAAACACUUUAUUAAUCAGGUCUAAAUAGUUUUGUGGAACACUGACAUCAGAGUUUGUGGUGAAUUGAAACGUGUUAUAGUCUGAGUUGGAAGUGGGUGCAGUUGUGAGCAUUAUCCUGUCAAUAAAACUUUAUUAACAUUUAUUACAGGUACGUUCAUCAUCAGAAGGUCGGAACUAGAAAUGACUGGAAAAACUGGAACAAAGUCAAAAAUGGAAACAAAUCUUGCAAUAGAAAUAUCAGUAAAUAGGUGAGUGAGAAUUGUCAUAUGUGGCCUGGAGUCUGUUGUAAGAUGGAUUGUAUUAGUGUAAUAUUAUUCACACCAACCUUGCUAUUCAAUUUAAAACUAAAGUUGGCAUACCCAAGUUAAUUUCAAGCUCAAAUUACAGUACACAGAUCCACAUGCUAGAUGGAAACUAAAUAAUCAGAGAGAUCAUUAUUUGUACUGUAGAUGGAGACAAAGUUCAUUAAUAAGAUUUGUGGGUUUAUUGGUAUAAUUUGCAUUUGCAUACUUUAAAAAGUUAGGAAACAAAACAAACACAACGAAGGAAAUGGGGAAAGAAGUCAAGAUUCCCAGCUGCAGUCAAAUCCCAGGACUGCCAGUGAACCUGAAGUGAAGUGAACCUUAAGCAAAACUCUUAACCUUCAGACCCUGAGCACUAUGCUUGAGUUGAAUUCUGGGUCAAAAUUUGGGGAAAGUAUCAAUAAAAAAAAUGCAACAAUUAAGUAUACAUUAUUGACAUUAGUGCAAUAUCUCAUGGCUUUAAUUCGUGCCAUUUUGUUCAUUUUAAAGUUAACAGUCGAAUAUAAGUUAUUGUUUGUAUGCAGUAAAUUUAAAACCAGCUCCAGUUGCACAAAAUUGCUGUAUCAUCCCUGCACUGUGGUGUUUAACUUAACACGAUAUUGACUCAAAAACAUUUCUGACACAGAAUAACUCGUAAUUUGUUUCAGCCGAUCCUCGACUUCAGCAUCAUCAACAACAGUGUGCUGAUUUGAAUCUAAAGCCUGUAGAUUGAUCUAAAAUUGCCCAGAACGUGACACCUGACACUCCAAUGUUAAUCUCUUCCUCCAAACUCUCCUGGGGACAAAAAUAAAAAACGAUCCGUUCGGCUUCCAGAUCAUUUUAAAGAUGAUUAUGAUAAAGCGAUGCUGUGCCAUCUGCAAUAACUUGCUGAAUAAAAGGAGUGAUGUACUUCUUGCUAUUUGCACUGCUUCAGCUUCAGGUACAGGAACACUGAUCACAUACAGAGCUGUGUAUAGGAAAUCUAUAUAAAAUGCAGAAUGAGAUCGUUUAGGCAAUACAGGCAGCGGUGUAGUCUUACGCAGCAUCUACUUAUUGGUAUAUACAGUAUUUUUAUUUAUUUAUUUAUUUAUUUAUUUUUGCAUUUUUCAGUGUUUGAUUCUAUGUUGAAAAGUGUGUUUUUGUGGCGAUUUUUUUUCAUUUAGCUUAAGUUAGUUUUAAUUCCUGAAUAUAUUUUUGCAGUGAUACUUAUCAAAAAUCCUCAUUUAUUGAUAAAGUUGUGAUGUGUGUUGACUUCUUUUCGAUAUCUGAACUCUCCUCUGCUUUAGCAGAAUUCUGCAUAUUUCUGAAUCAAACAUAUUGAAUCAUAACUCUUUGACAUCAAAUAAUUAGUGUGUGUGUGUGUGUGUGUGUGUGUGUGUGUGUGUGUGUGUGUGUGUGUGUGUGUGUGUGUGUGUGUGUGUGUGUGUGUGUGUGUUCUGUCUUCCCUCUAAUGUCUUUCUUCCGUUUCUGCAUCAUUAAGAAAUAUGUGUCUUAAAAGGGUGUCUAUAAUGCAGUUACUGCCUGCUAUGUAUAGUGUGUGUUUGUGUCUGUGUGUCUGAGUGUAUAUGAGAAAGGAAACAUAAAGAGAGAGAUAAAUGAGGCAUGUAGAAGUACAAAAGACAAACAUAGGUGCUGUAUCUUGGAUAGACAGAUUAAAUGAAGUGUAUUGUGAAGCAGCGUGCCCAGUCUGAGUGAUGCUUGCUGGAGAAGUGCUUAUUGUAAUUGUGUGUGUGUGUGUGUGUGUGUGUGUGUGUGUGUGUGUGUGUGUGUGUGUGUGUGUGUGCGUGCGUGCGUGCAUGCGUGCGUGCGUGUGUGUGUGCGUGUGGGGGUUUUGAGGUGUAGCCCAAUCCCUGCAUCUGCAAUGCAGCAGAAAAGACAAAAAAAAAAAAAGAAAGAAAGAAAGGAAACCCAGCCCUCCUCACAAGGUCCAACUAAACGGUGAUUCCCUCUGAGCUGUGGCUCUCCUCUCAGGCGCUCCAGUAAUUUUUACACUGUCCUGUUUUCCCCUUGUGGAAACUUUUCUCACCCCCCCUUAUGUUGAGCUGCAGUUUUGCGGAAAUAGAGGAAUACAAACCCAAGUGUCUUUAUUGUUUGUAGAUCUAAGGUCAUUUAUUUUUUUCCUGAAUAUCUGUCACAGUACAGAAUAUAUCGUGUCUACAGUCUUGCUUUAAUGGAAAUUUAAAGUCACUUUAAUCAUUAUACAGUCUGGAGUUUAGGAUUUUUCCCUUUUGGAUGAAUUCAUUCGAGUUAGUUUUGAAGAUGAGUGUUCUGUCAUAAAAUAUAUGAGCCAAUCAGGUUCCAAUAUGCAACUUCAGGCCAUGUAACACUGUUGAACCAGGAACAGGAGGACACCCAAGAGAACAUCCCAAAUCGGGGUUUUUUUUUUUUUUUUUACGUCGGUGAAAGUCUACGUGCUUUUGUGCCUUUUGUGUUGUUCGAUGAAUUCUUUUGUAAUCACCACAUUAAAUAAUUCAUGAUUUAAUAUCAGAAGAACGUACUGCAUUUCAUAUGAGAUUUGUUUAUUUGUUCUAAAGCCAUUAGAGUGUAAUGGCCUUGUUUGGAUCUCCAUGUGCCAUGACACCGAUAAGCACUAUUUUUCCUUUAUUUGCUUAUUUGAUGGAGGUCUGAUUAGGACUGGAUUAUAACUGACAUGUUUAUGUAAGUAUACACUUCUGCAUCAUGACUAAUAUUGCAGUCUGUGAUUCAUUCCUGUCUGGGAAAGUGUAAAAUUGGAUUGUAGUCUAAAACCUACCAUACAGUCGAGAAGGAAUUAACCAGGACUUGAAUUAAACAGCAGCCCAAACGUUUCAAAAGGAGAUCGAGCUCAUGACCUUUAGGUUCCUGGAACUCCUGCAGCAAUAUGGACUGCUUGUUUUGGAUAUUACUCUCUUUAUUAAAACACACACACACACACACACACACACACACACACACACACACACACACACACACACACACUCACACCUUAUAGCCAUGUGUGUGACCUACUCCAAUUGGAUAGAUUACUGUAAAGAAGUCUUCCGAAAAGGAUUUUAAAAAUGAACCAUAUUGUAUUUAUUUAUUUAUUUUUGUUUGUUUCUUGUCUUCCAAACCGAGACAGUUCAACAGUCUUCCAAUGACACUAUUUUUUAUAAAAGAAAGGGACAAUCCAAGUGGAAUCGUGUGGAGGAUUGGUUUCACCAAAACAAGAAAAAAAAAAAAAAAAGCCAAACAACAUGGCACCAAAAACAUAACCAUGGACUGUUACAAGAGUUUUCAAGGACACAUGCUGGAAGACUUUGUUGCCGAAGCAAAAUGAAAUGAAAGAAGAAUCAUGGAAGUAACCAUACUCUAAAAGCAUGCAUGAACCGACAUUUACUGGACACAUUUAAAAAUAAAAAAAGAGAGAGAGAGACCCCUAUUUAAUAAGUCAGCGUGACCCCGUUCAUUAUACCUUCCUCAUCCAUCCUCAACCCUGCAUUUGCAAUAGAAUCUGUAUCUAUUUAUAUAAUAACUAAGUCUGAGGGAGACAU